AUGAACACGCCGGCCCCUGUCAAGGCGGCGCCCUUGCCUCGCCCGUAUCGCGACUUCCUGACCCCGUCGUUGCAUAGAAGAUUCACGAGUGCUGCCCUGAUUGGACUGGCAGCAUGCUGGCUCGUCUCUAUCCCCAUGGCCAGCCCCAGCCUGUUCUGGUCCUGGUUCCCUCUGGGUCCUGCUGGCGUUCGCACUCUCUUCCUCUUCAUCUCGUCUCUCUCCAUCUUCGUCCUCCGAGUCGCUCAACUGCACUUUGGCCCGCGAACCACAAUCUCGACCUUUGAGUCUUUCUGGUCCUACCUAGUGUCCAAGAACACCAUCCUGACCUGCUUCUGGUACUCUCUCUCGGCCUUCCUCUUUGCAGAGCUCUACAUCUUCACCACUGCCAAAGACGCCAAUCUUGCAUGGAUCGAUCCUGGCAGGUACGUCCACCAAACUCGCUCCUUCUGUGCGCGCGCUGACCCCUGUAGAUCCUACGAACGCCCCAAGCUGAAUGAGCGUCCCAUCCUGCUCCGCUCCCAAUUCCUCUUUCUCGCCCUGGCCCAAUCUGCCAUCCAUCUCUACAAGGACUAUGACCUGAUCCGCCUGCCGCAAUCUCCAGUCAAGAGCUCGCCAGUCAUGCAGCUGAAGGAUGAAAUCAAGAACAUUACCGCCCACACUGCAAAGCUCGUCACGCUCACCUGCUUGUUUGGCCCCUUCUUCUACUUUGCCGUCUGGCGAAACUUGGCUUGGGCCCUGGCCUUCAAGAUCGGACGAUCCUUGUUCUUCCUGCCCAAAUCUACGAGACCCGCAGGUCUGACCGACCCCUUCUCUCUUAUCGCGCGCUUCCUCUGGUCUUCGAUGCUUCUGGUCGCUUUGUGGGAGCUGUCCAACCGUGCCUUUACUAUCUACACUGCUCAAGAACCCGUCAAGAAGGGCAAGCCUCUGACUGCCGACUCGAAAGAUCCCAACGGUAGUCUGAUCGCUGGAUUGAAGGCGAAGAAGGAAAUCCCCAAAACUAUGGCUUUUUGGGAGCUUGCCAUGAUCACCAAAAAGUUUGAGGAUCGCAGAAAGACUCUGUUUGCUGAGCUUGACAGAAAAGGCGGAUCUACCUGGUCUCAAAUCUCUGGUACUUGUUUGAUCGAGAUACAAUCCGUCAUUCAGCGCAUCCAAGACUCGCAAGCGGCCGUUCCUAACACACCCGAACAACCUCCUCAGCCAAUUCAGACACUUCCGAAGAUCUCGUCCCGCCCUGUCAGGGAGGACGCCAUCUUCAUGGCACCACCGCCACCCUCGACCGGCCUGCAAGCUUUCGAAAGUUCUGUUGGCUUGGUCGCUAGAUCCUACGGCCAAUCUCAUGGCGCAACUAAUCCUGUCAGCCCACGGGCACAGAAAUUGCUCGAGUAUGGUGCUGAUCGCAUCCUCACCAAGGAACAGCAAGAACAGCUUGGCUGCGCUGGCAUGGUCAAUAACGCGAACGGUCUGAUCUCUUGGCUCAUUGCAACACCACUCGGCAUGCCCUUCCGCCAAUCCUUUGCCCGUCGCAUCAAUGCGACUGUGUUUGGUGUGCCAUUCAGCACUGGCGCCAUCAUCACAAACGCUGUACAAGCCGUUUGUGGUCUUGCCGUCGCCAGCUUGAAGGAAGAUAACCUUGGCCAAGUGCAANAAGACAUCUCGACCAUUGUGCGCACUCUUAUCAUCACCACACAGCAAAUCCAACUUUUCGUCCGAAACCUGCCACCGCAUUGGACAGACGUGGACUUUGAUGGCAAUCGCCAAGUCCCAGAAGUUGAAGAGUUGUUGAAAGUUUUGCGUGAUGGCUUGCACGAGAUUGUCGUCACUUUCGGCGAGUAUGCAGGUAAUCUGGGACUUUCAAGGUCCGAGAUAAUGAUUGCUAGAGACUUGGCGGGCAGAGGUCCUGAAAUGGAGUCUGUAAAAUAA